AUGCAGAAUCUCGACCUGACAGCUUCGAAAUGGGCGAGUCCCGAUGUCCGUCGCGAGCGAGAAUCGCAGAUCCCAGCCUGGACUCGAAGGCCUCGAGGUUCCUCACCCCUUGGCCAGGAUAAAGCCCCAUCAUUGAGCUCAUUACAGCAACCACAACAACAACAACCACUCUUGCCGACUGGAGGUUCUGCGCCAUCGUCGUCGUCGUCAUCGAAGCCAGCGCCAGCCAUCUCCGCCGCGCAACAACGCAGAUAUCUAUCCCGGCAGGCCGACCUGCAGCGUUUCCGCCGGCUGUUUCGGCGCCUGGCGUGGAAAGCAAACAGCCUGACGCACUGGUCGCACCGCGCGCUGAGUCUGGCUCAAGAACACCACCGGAAUCGCCACGCACAACAAGGCAAUGGGCGGUCGCACGCUGAAAUCGAAGAAUGGGGGGAGGCCGCUGUCGCAGGCGCAGGGCCAGGGCCAGAGCCAGGGCCUCGGGCUACGCUGGGACCAUACGAGCUGGUGAUCGACCCCGUGGACGCGGAGCGGCAGUUCAAGAUCGACUUUUACGAGUUCUACGCGCUGCUGGAGCGCGGGCUGGUUUGUUUGCUGGGCGUUUGGGGCGUUGUGAUUACGGCUUCCGCUGCAGCAGUAACUACAGGUCCUUCGGGGGAUCAUGAUGAUGAUGCUACCAAGACACGAGUCCUCAACGGCUCGUUAUCACCACCACCACCACCACCACCACCACCACCUUCCUUAUCAACCUCACGCCCCAUCAUAGGCGACUCACGCUACUUCCAAGGCGCCACGCACCGCUUCCACGCCAACGUCCUCGCCGCGCUCGACCACCCGACCUCCCCACUCCACUCCAUCCUCGGCACGGGCCCCGUGCGCGAGUACAUCGGGGUGGCCAAGGAAUUCCGCAACAAGUGGAAGGACGUCGAGACGCGGGCCGAGGACUCGUUCCGCGACCGCGACCGCGACGACGCCCACAGGGCCGCCGAGGAGGAACGGUGGGACCCGGCGAAGACGAAACGCUACGAGAAGGUCUUGAGGGACUUGAAGCUCGAUGAGUUGUUGGGCAAUGUGCUCCGGGCGCUCGAGGAGGGUGGGCGUAUGGCGGAGAGGGAGGUGGAGAGGUUGUACGCCUCACUAGGAGGAGGAGGACCAGGAGGACCAGAAGGACCAGUAGGAGGAGGAGCCCUCACUCGGGAGGGCGUAGGGGACCACGAUGUCGAUUUGGAUAUGCUGGACGCGCCGUUCGAGGUCGUCGACGCGGACAGGGACAGGCCGGCGGGUGAUUUGGACUACGAGGUCGAGAUGGAGUUUUGA